UAUGUAUCUAUCAUCUUAGUAUUUACCAGUAAAUUUCCUUGUAAUCAUCGAUCAUGGACGACGCCGACGACCUUGACAACUUACAUCUACGAUCUCCUUCGUCGCUUCACACACCCUCCACAUUGAAAUAUGCAACAAUGAAUCGUUUAAAGCAUGCGCGAGUGGCGCGCGCACUAAGCGGAAGGCUAGAUAGGGUCAGCGUGCUUGGAGGGGAAGACUGGGGACAUACUGGUCUCAGAGGUCAUACCUGUUCUUAUGAUUGUUCUCGCAUUACUACGUAGCUGCGUUAAUGCGGUCAGCUGGGCACAAGGUGGAGAGUUGUUAAUUACCAGUGGGGAUGAUACCAAGGUUCGAGUCUGGCGGAUGGACCCAUCAGGCUCUACUGGUGCGAACGCAUCAAAUGCUGAAAGUCAGAAAGAGUAUCCAUUCGCGUGCCAGAGUGUAAUCGACACAGGUCAUACACAGAAUGUCUUCAAUGCACAGAUGCUUCCGUUUUCGACCAGGAUCGCAACCGUUUCCGGAGAUCGGCAAGUCCGUGUGUUCGACGUGGGUGAGGUGGUGGGACAGUCGCCUACGGGAAGCGAAAUGGAAUAUACCACGCGGGAGUCGUGUAUUCGCGUGUUGCGCUGCCACACUGGACGCACGAAGCGCAUCAUCACUGAGGACAGCCCUGAUCUAUUCCUUACCGUGGCCGAGGAUGGUCAAGUACGUCAACACGAUUUGCGUACAUCACAUUCAUGCACGUCGGGCGCGUGCCCUGCACCGCUGGUGACGCUUCCGCAUGAGCUUUCAACAAUUGCGCUUUCACCGCUCACACCGUAUCAGUUCGUUGUUGGCGGUGAAUCGCCAUAUGCACACUUGUUCGACCGCAGGCAUGCGGGGCGUUACUUGCAUGCAGAGUGGGGCGUGCCUCCUGAUGCAAAUAGUGCAACGACAUGCGUCAGGAGGUUUGGCCGUCGCUCACGUGCAAAGGCAGAAAGAGGGGGAUUUGAACACAUUACUGGCGCGCGGAUGUCCGACUGGAAUGGGCACGAGGUCUUGUUAUCAUAUCACUUAGCCGGGGUAUUUCUCUAUUCGACGCGAGACGAGCCGGAAAGUUUCGAGGACCAGCGAGGUCCGCACUCGAUCCUCGCGCCUAACGCGAAGCGGAGACGACUCAGCACGUCGAAAUCGCCGUCUUCGCAUGGUGAACCUUUAACUGGUCCAGACAUGGAGAUGAUUGUCGAGGACCAACUGGAAUCAUUAUUAUUUGCAAACAAUGUAACGGACAGCAUUGAUAACCUAUCGCAAGAAGAUGAUGAAGAUGGCGAUGAUGAUGACGAUGACGAGGAUGAUGACGACGAGGAUGAUGAUGACGAGGAUGACGAUGACCGCCUGUUCACCCCCGAAGACGCGGACUCACAUCAGGCUGUGCCCGUGGUAUAUCCGCGUACGCGGUUUACUGGGCACUGCAAUAUCGAAACAAUCAAAGACGUGAAUUUCCUAGGGUCUCAUGACGAGUUCGUAACUUCAGGGUCAGACGAUGGCAACUUCUUCAUCUGGCGGAAGUCGACUGGAGAACUUGUCGACAUUCUCGAAGGCGACCAACAUGUGGUCAAUGUGAUCGAAAGCCACCCGCACCUGCCUCUGGUUGCUGUCAGUGGGAUCGAUACGACGGUCAAGUUAUUUGCCCCAGCUCGUGGAGUGCCAUCAUUCUCGAGAUGGAACAAUGCUGAAACAAUUAAAAAGAACAAUGCAGCGCGUGCAUCAAGGGCGAGUUUGAGUGGCAGUGCGGAGCUGCAAUUUGCAUAUCUCGUCCUGAACUACCAACAGGCGCUACGGGGCACCCGAGGUGGAGGGGAGCAGUCAGAAGCACAGCUCACGCAGUGCAUAAAUCAAUGAAAGAUUUAUCUAUUGUAUGUGUAGUAUAUAUACAGUACUUACGAGUAAUAUUGGUUUCGGAGGUGGUGGACAUAUCACACGCAUGGGGCCAAAGUCGUGGCUCGUUGAUAACAAGUUCUGUAACAUACAACCUUGAACUAGGA